AGCAGAGAGGCUGGGUGACGGAGGCCUCUCUGGGUAGACCGAGCUCUGUGAAGGCUAAUGCAGACACUUGUGUGUCUUUAUGUAAUAAUUUCUGUAAUUACUUAUUGUUUAUGGAACUACCGCUACAUUAGCGUCGGAAGUGGCACGCAUUUCCCCCCAGAGGCGUCACUUCCGCCUCCUCAGUAACUAAAGAAAAUGGCGGCCGUCGUGGAGAGAGUUGAUGGAUGUGUUGGAUCGCUGGACCCGGACGCUGUGUCGCUCAGACAGACCAGCUCGCUCCAGGAGCAGCCGCACCAGAAUAACCCACUGCUGGGCCUGCCCAUCGUGGCUAUCGAAACCAUCCUGAACUUCCUGUCCUACGAUGAGAUCAGCAUGCUGCGCUCGGUGUGUAAGCGCAUGGACAUGAUCUGCCAGCGUGUGCUGAACCAGGGCUUCCUGAAGGUGGAGCGCUACCACAGCCUGUGCCAGAGACAGGUGAAGGCUCAGCUGCCCAGGUGAGUG